AUGCAUUCCCUACAGUUCAACACACCGCUGCCCAUCUACCUUGGUCCCAUCAUCAAGGAAAAGGCUCCUAUGCACAAGCACAAUCAUGUGUAUGUUGACAUCCUCAUGCCUCAGUCAGAGGCAGAUUCCAGUGCCAUCAGAAGCUGUACUGAAUGGUUGACCAUGGCAUUUCCUCUGUGUGGAGUACCUCACACAGUGUUUGGUGCCUUGAGCAAUGCUGCUGGCACCAUGAAUGUCUACAUUUGCUUCCCCAGGAUGAUCCACAGGGACAAGAUGACACACAAGCGUGCCAAUCGCAUCCCAAAGGAGGUCCUCGACUUUUUCUGGGAGCAUGUCCUACUUCCAGCGAUCUGUGCACAUGUGGAUGUUUUGAGUGCACCAUAUGUCUCUCUCACUCUGAAGGAAGUGCAGUUCAAGGCACAAAAGGGUGGCAAAACCAAGAUGGCUGGUUGGCCAAAAGCAGUCCCCUUUUCUAUGCAAGUGUUGAAGCAGAUCCAGAAGACCAUGGAGGCAAUCAUCCAAGAGGACCCUUCAUGA